AUGGUUCUGAAGGGAAAAGUUGUUACUGAACUUGAGAUCCGAUCCCCUGCUGCGAAGUUCUUCAAUUCUUAUGCAAAGCAGUUUCACAAUCUGUCAAACAUUGUUGACAACAUCCACCAUGGGAAGUUGCAUGAAGGUGAUUGGCAUGAUAUUGGGGCUGUUAAGAGCUGGACUUUUACCACUGAAGGGAAAGUAGAGACAAUCAAGGAGACUAUGGAGGCUGUUGAUGAAGAAAACAAGAAAAUAUCAUUCAGUCUGUUUGAUGGAGAUUUUGGCAGGGAUUACAAGAAUUUGAAGAUCCAUUUGCAAGUGAUUGAUAAGGAGGAAGGUGGUGCAAUUACUGUGUGGACUGUUGAAUAUGAGAAGCUGAGUGAAGAAACUAAACCUCCAUAUCGGUUGUUGGACAUUAUAACUUGUGCUACCAAAGAUAUUGAUGCUCAUAGUCUAAAGGCAUAG